AUGUUCCGUUGUUUAUUACUAUUAGUUACCGGUUUUCCUAUCGUAUCUUGUUUGGCUGGUGGUUUGAUUGGAAUAACACAAAGUAGCGGUGCAAGAGGUACAUUAACAUGUAAUGGACGACCUGCUGCUAAUGUACUCGUCAAAUUAUAUGAUGAUGAUCGAG